AUGUAUGGUGUCACGAUUCUUGACCCGUCUCGUUGCGGCCGGUGUGGGAGUGCGCGGCGACAGCGACGGCGGCGGCCGCGGAGCGUUGCUAAGCGGCGUGGUGGCGGCGCGGCCAGGGCGGCGUGCGCCACGUCUGCCCCCCCGAGCCCGUCCCGCCCCGCGCCGCUCGCACCCGGCGGGGGGCGGGCGGCGGAGGGAGCGACGAGCGAGCCCGACACUCGGCUCGCUCAGCGGCCAGCGCUCAGUAGUUCAGUACUCUCCGCGGCUUCGUUCUCGGUGCAAGUUAUUGCCGGCCUCUCGCACUCCGCCGCCAGUGACCGACCUCUGGAACCCGACCGCUUA